AUGAAUUUCAAUUUGAGUCGCGCCUUCAUCGCUCAGUCUGCCGUCGCGCCUCGCCUGUCUCCGUCCUCGCAGUCCUCCAAACCCGACCCCUUGUCUCUUCAGAGGCACCUUGUGCUCGCCGUCGCUGCCUCGCCCGUCACCACCUCUCGUCGCGCCACUGGCGGGACUGAAGGUGCAGAUAUAGGUGUGCCAAUGCCACAAAAGAGUUCUUUGAAAGCCCCGGGUCAAGGGCCGGAAAUGCCAGUUGCAAAGGAGGAGAAAGCUUCUACAGCUACGAAGAAAUCCAAUGAUGAGAUCGACGACAUUUUUGCAUCGAAAAAGAGGAAGAAAAGUGAAAAAGGGGAUGCCAAGAAGCCAGCUGAAAAUGGCAGUGGGAAUACGAAGAAGAUGAAGAAAAAGAAAAAGGAGAAAGGUUUAACACAGAGUGCAUUAGGCGACCAACCUUCUCGUCCUAGAAAGAAAACAGUGGAUGGGCUCACCAUCUACACAGAGGACGAGUUGGGUAUCAGCAAAGCAGACGCUGGUGGUACGCCGCUCUGUCCAUUUGACUGUUCUUGCUGCUUUUGAGUAUAGUCCUUGCGUAUUGGAGAUCAUCCAGUCGUUCUUGUUGUAACUUAUUUGCAAUUUUUGGCCCUUCACCUCAAGGUUCUUUGUGUUU